GAAUGGGCUCGGUCAACUCCGCCCCGCAAACUUCCAGGUCACGUGCAGUCCUAUCUGACUUGCUAAUCGCAUCCACCACGACCGCUUAUGCGCUCGUCGCCACAACCGCCAACGAAGCUUUGUGACAGACCCCCACCCUUAAACUAUUAGUUUGUUCCGCUGUUCGUCCUCGUGAUCCGUUUGUCUUAGCUCGAGUCUGUAUAAUGGCAUCUUCUGUCUCUUACAAAUUCAAGUCUCAGAAGAACGAGUCCAAGAUUGCUUUUGAUGGCACUGGGAUCUCUGUUUUUGACCUGAAGAAAGAAAUGAUCCUAGCCAAUAAUUUUGGGAAGGCGGUUGAUUUCGACCUCCUUUUGUAUGACCAGGCAGGCAAAGAAUACACCGAUGAUAACUUCAUAAUACCACGGUCAUCCUCUGUAGUAGCGAAGCGAAUGCCAGCGUCGAAACCUGGAAAAGGGCGCGCAGCAAAUUAUACAGCAGGAAAAAUUGCACAAUCUACUGACCGCCGUAAUGAUCAACCACAGCCUACACCAAUGGCCACAUCCUGGAGAAGAACAAAUAUAGGAUCAAUGUCGAAACGCUUUGAUGGGAAGGAUGAGAAGAUUGCUGCGAACAAGCCCCCUCAGACGGAUCCAACCCCUCGUCCUGCCCCGGAGAAUGAUGAACAAGCUAGAAUUAGGGCUAUGUUCCAAGCAACGUCGGAACACUGGGAGGAGACUCAAGAAAGAAUGAAGCAUGCUACUCCCAUAUUCACCUCUCGUGGCGGAGGACCCAAGCGCCCACUGCCACCCCAGCAACAAUUCCCUCUUGAGCCGAGACCUCUACCUCCCGGCUAUAUCUGUCAUCGCUGUAACAAGAAAGGACAUUGGAUUCACGAUUGUCCCACCAAUGACGAUCGUGACUUCGAUAAUCGGCCUCGCGUGAAAAAGACGACUGGUAUUCCUCGUAGUUUCUUGAAGUCUGUUGAGCUUACGGGUGACACUCCGCAGCCGGGAGUUAUGAUCACACCUGAGGGUGGUUUCGUCGUUGCACAACCAGACUCCGAGACCUGGAAAAAGCAGACAGCCCGGCGUCCUGGGAUGACGGAAGUGGAACUUAGGGAGAGGCCACCAUCGGAUCCUACUCUCCAGUGCCCUAUCUGUAACAAGCUCUUCCGAGAGGCGGUGAAAACGCCGUGUUGCUCCAAAACUUUCUGUGAAGAAUGUGUACAGACCCAUUUACUGGAACGCGACUUUUCAUGUCCUGGUUGUCAGGAAAAGAUUUCAACUCUUGACAUGCUCAUUCCUGAUGUUGUAACUCGGGGUCAUGUUAAAAAUUAUACGGAAGAGGAGAUUGCAAAAAGUGAGGAAGCUGCAAAUGAUCUGUCAGAAAUUGGGAAAACUUCGAAAUCGCCAGAGCUUGGCGAUACCCAAACAAAUUCCGGGCAAGCUGAUGGUGAAGAGUUUUAUGACGCUCAGCCUGGACUGUCAAAUACUCCAACAAUGCCAUUACAAGACGAUAUACCAAGCCUUCAAGCCCAGAUGGCUCAACUUAUGAUUAUGAUGCAAUCACCCGCAAUUCUGCCGCAAGUCCGGAUGCAGCUCGAUAUCCAGUUUCAAGAACUCAGUAUGCGCUUAAAUCAACUGCAAGUGCAACAUCAGCAGUUCUAUUCUGGAAUGGGGGGUGGACCGAUUAUGGGGAUGGGGACAGGAAUGGCUCUGAAUAUGACAAUGGGCGGCAUGGAUGGUAUGUUAAAUAACAAUUAUGUGGGUGGAAAUCGGACAAGUGGAUAUCAACGUUUCCACCAACAACCACAAAAUGAGGCAGAAUCGCCAUACCAAAGAUUGCCUGUCAAUCCGCGACGUCGGCUCCAGAAGCGAGAUCGACCAGAGGAAUUUCUGGAAGCGAAUGGAAUACAGAAGAUUCCUCGUUUCUACGGGUGAUGGUCCCAUUGUAUUCUUUUCUCAAUUGGACUUUCUCGGACGCAUCUUUUAGACAUUAAAGGCAUGAUACGUGUACACAAGUAGCUACAGCCUAAUGAAAAUGAGGUUAUGGGGACGUUA